GUGAGGUGAAGCAAGAGGUGCCCUCCACCCGGGAAUAGAGAGGAAGAAAGCCUGCAGAUUUGAACCUAUCUCCUAAGCUGGUCAUCAUGAUGAAACUUAGACACAAAAAUAAGCCAGGUAAAGGUUCCAAAGGCUGCAAGAAGAGUGGGAAGAAAGCAGCCUUCAAGCUGGUCUCCACUCCCCAGUUUGUUCACUCCAAUGAUCAUACCAACCGGGAGGCUGAAUUAAAGAAGAAGAGGAUUGACGAGAUGAGGGAGAAGCAGCAGGCUGCCCGGGAGCAAGAGAGACACAGACGCAGGACCAUGGAGAGCUACUGUCAGGAUGUCCUGCGACGCCAGGAGGAGUUUGAGUCCAAGGAGGAAGCUUUGCAGGAAUUAAAUAUGUUUCCUCAGCUGGAUGAUGAGGCCACAAGGAAGGCCUAUUACAAGGAGUUCCGUAAGGUAGUGGAAUACUCUGAUGUGAUUCUGGAAGUUCUGGAUGCCAGGGACCCGUUGGGCUGCCGCUGCUUCCAGAUGGAGGAGACUGUCCUGCGGGCACAGGGCAACAAGAAGCUGGUCCUGGUCUUGAACAAGAUUGACCUGGUCCCCAAGGACGUUAUAGAAAAGUGGCUGGAUUACCUUCGGAAUGAGCUGCCAACUGUGGCUUUCAAGGCCAGCACCCAGCAUCAGGUCAAAAACCUGAACCGCUGCAGUGUGCCCGUGGAGCAGGCCUCCGAGUCACUGCUGAAGAGCAAAGCCUGCUUUGGAGCUGAAAACCUCAUGAGGGUUCUGGGGAACUAUUGCCGCCUCGGUGAAGUGCGCACCCAUAUCCGUGUGGGCGUUGUGGGCCUUCCUAAUGUUGGGAAGAGCAGCCUGAUCAACAGUCUGAAACGCAGCCGUGCUUGCAGUGUGGGAGCCGUUCCUGGGAUCACCAAGUUCAUGCAGGAGGUCCACCUGGACAAGUUCAUCAGGCUGCUGGAUGCCCCAGGCAUUGUCCCAGGACCCAACUCGGAGGUGGGCACCAUCCUGCGCAACUGCAUCCACGUGCAGAAGCUGGCGGACCCCGUGACCCCGGUGGAGACCAUCCUGCAACGCUGCAACCUGGAGGAGAUUUCCAACUAUUACGGCGUCUCUGGCUUCCAGACCACUGAGCACUUUCUGAUGGCGGUGGCCCAGCGCUUGGGUAAAAAGAAGAAGGGAGGCAUCUACAAUCAGGAGGAGGCAGCCAAAGCAGUCCUGUCUGACUGGGUGAGUGGGAAGAUCAGCUUCUACACACUUCCACCCGCCACGCACACUCUGCCCACCCAUCUUAGCGCUGAGAUUGUUAAGGAGAUGACCGAAGUCUUCGACAUUGAGGACACCGAGCAGGCCAACGAAGACACCAUGGAAUGCUUGGCCAAUGGAGAAUCUGAUCAGCUCUUGGGUGACAUCGACUCGCUUCAAACGGAGAUCAAAUGGCUCCAUUCUCCAAUGAUGAAAAUAGUAGAUGCCUUGGAAAAUAAAACCACCGUGUAUAAGAAUGGAGAGUUCACUGAGUAUUGCAUGAAUUCGAAUGGUCAUCAGAAGGAGUGGGCUAAGCGCAAUGCGGACUCCUAUCCCAGGAACAUCUGCCCAGUGGACCGCCGCCCAAUGGUACAGAAGAUCAUGGAGACAGACCCCCUGCAGCAGGGCCAGGCUCUGGCAUCUGCUUUGAAGAAUAAGAAGAAGAUGCAGAAGCGUACAGAUAAACUCGCCAGUAAGCUGUCCGAUUCCAUGAUGUCUGCCCUCGACCUCUCUGGCAACACUGAUGACAGUGCUGGUGACUGAUCGGCUGAUCUCACCCCCUCCACUCUCCAAGUACCGGUUCCAGUGGGAUGGGGGAUACAGAUGAAAUAAAAUGGUUUGCUUCUCCCUGAAGCACACACACAUGAAAA